AUGCAGAGUGGAAAUACGACGGCAUCAGAUAUUUUCGGCAACUGUGAUCAUGCAAACAGUUCAGUGGGCACAGUUCCUGCUGGUUCACGAUUAGCACAGUACCUUCAACCACCUUUGCCUCGCCAUUCAUCAUGGAAUACCCCACUGUCUCAGCCACAAACUGCAAACUCUCCAUAUGGCCUUAGUAGUCAAGCUGGAAUGCCGCCCUCAACGGUGCCCGGUCUUAUGGCAUCAUUCGCGCAAAUGGGACUUGGCGAUGAUAAGGAUUUAAAUCCGCCAAUUUCGGUGGCUCCUUUCUCGAUGCCUUCUUCAUCUCAACGACCACUCAGUUAUGCUGGCACAACAUCACAAAUGCUAGGUCCCGCAUCAGCAGCAAUGCACGAUCCAUUACGUGCCAGUGGCCAUCUGGGUGAUGCAAAUUCUGCGUCUGGAUAUACUCAGGAAAACUACGGUGGAACCAUAUAUUUUUUCCAACAGCAAGCUGGGAGUGCACCUCAGGAUCAGCCGCAACAACCACAACAACAACAAACAACGAGAGAAGAGCCACAGGCUGACAACCGCAUAGCAGUGACAACACCAGGCUGUUUCGCGUACCAAGGUCCAUUACCACAUAUUGGUAAAUACAAACCGAAAGGAUCAUCAUCACAAUCCUUUUUCACAUCACCUGAACUCAAAAUGGAAUUGUUGCGACGUCAGCUGGCCGUGCAGUGUCGUGCUGAUCCGUCAGUAUAUGUGGACUUACCGCAAGCGGUGGAACACUUCCAGAAUUUAGUGCCAUUUGAACCAAUGAAAAUGUCGAGUUUGGGUGGUGCACACGUUGAGAGGGGUGUAUUCUCACCAUAUACAACAACCGUUUACAAGGCGACGAGUAUUCGUGAUGGAAUGCCGUAUUGUCUGAGACGAAUACACAAUUAUCGUAUCAACUCACCGAAACAACUGAAUCUGGCCGAUAAUUGGAAGAAGUUAAUUCACGCAAAUGUGGUACAAUUAAGAGAGGUGUUCACGACGAGACAGUUUGGUGAUCAUUCGUUAAUAUUCGUGUAUGAUUUUCAUCCUCUCUCUGAAACGCUAAAAUCACGACAUUUGAGUAAUCGCGUGAAUGGUAUUUCUGCAACUUAUAUGGACGGAAUGGGAAAUGGUGGUUUGCUGGAAUCGUUGAUAUGGACGUAUAUAGUGCAGUUGUCAUCAGCAUUACGUGCAAUUCAUUCGAGUGGUAUGGCCGCACGAACAGUCGAUCCCAGCAAAAUUAUCCUCUUCAGUAAAACGAAGUUGAUGUUGAGUUCAUGCGGUAUUCUGGAUGUGAUCACUCCUGAAAAUGGUCACAAUUCUAUCCAACAUCAACAGCAGGAAGAUUUGUGUGGUUUGGGUCGUGUAAUAGUGGCGUUGGCAAUGGGAUCGUUGCAUGCGGCAAGACGUGAAAAUUGGUCGUCGAGUUUGGCUGUUAUUGCACAGCAUUAUACCACCGAUAUGAAAAACAUCAUCACUUUGUUAUUGAGUGCGUCAGCACAAGGCAAUCGAAAUCGCUCGAUCAACGAGGUAAUGCCGAUGAUUGGGGCACGUUUCUAUGCGCAGUUGGAAUCCGCACAAAUGAAAAACGACUUAUUAGAAAACGAAUUAUCGAAGGAAUUAGAGAACGGAAGAUUGUUUCGUUUAUUAUGCAAACUUAAUACCAUUAUCGAGAGACCACAAUUCCAAAUGGACAUGUCAUGGAGUGAGACCGGUGACCGUUAUUUGCUGAAACUGUUUCGUGAUUAUCUUUUUCAUCAGGUCACUGAGGCUGGCAAGCCGUGGAUUGAUAUGGCGCAUAUUAUUUCGUGCCUUAAUAAGUUGGACGCAGGCGUAAGUGAAAAGAUUCAACUGGUUUCAAGAGAUGGUGACAACGUACUGGUGGUGUCAUUUCUCGACUUACGACAGUGUCUGGAGAAUGCAUUUUGUGAGUUGCAUAACGCCGCCACAGCGCCAGCACCAUCUGCAGUGGCCACAACAAUCAACGCAACUGGCUCAAUGCUUCCGAUGGGACCACGAUAA